UGUUUGUUUGCGCAUCUUUCUACCAAAAUACCAAACAAAAGCAUGCAGGACAAGAAAAUUUUCCUUUUUCUGCCUAAAAUCUGUUAGAGUUACUGAAGAUUAUCAAUCUUUUUAAACGAUUCUUUCCGGCGCAAGAUUGUAAAAUGAAUUUUAAACAGUGUGAAAUAUGCUUUUCAAACGGUGCCGCGCUAUACAUUGAUAUUUUCGGGGAAGUGAAUUCGAAUAAAAACGUCUCCGCCAUAAUCGAGAAACAUCUUUGGCUAGAGUUCAAACCGUCAAAUGACCAACAAGUGAUCUGUAACGAAUGCUGGAAUUCGUUGUAUGAAUUCAACAACUUUUACGAAACGGUUAAGGAAAUACACAGCAAUAAAGACUCGGCAGCUAAACGGGACAUUUUUGGGGGAGAUCCGUUCGGGGAUGGUCCUUUUGCGGAUAACGAUAAUGGUCUGGAUCAGAAGACACAAGACACGGAACUUCUGGUUGAGGUAAAAGAUGAACCUCCAGAAAAUCAGGAGAAAAAUUCUUUGCAUGUUCUUACUACUGGUGAGAAGGAUGCUGGCGAAGCAAUUUCAAAAGCCAUCACAACGAGAAGGUCAACCAGACUGAAACGGAAAUGUGCCUCUGGACCACCUGAUGAAAAGGUCGAUCCAGUAACAGAUAGACUUAAAAGACCAAAUACAAGAGCUAUUUACAAUGAGGAUACAUCUUCGGAAGACGAUAAGUUGGGAUUUUCGGCUUCGGACGAAUCCGACGAUGAUGAGAAUCACAUAGAACUGAAUAGUACUUUGAAGGAUCUUAAAACCCACAGUUUCAGUGAAUCUGAGAAUGAUACAAAGGCUGAAGACGGAGAUACUAAGAACUCGAAAGGGCGUCGAGCGAAACGGAAGAAGGACAGUAAACUGUUCGAGCACAUUGACGAGUUCAUCUGCUAUGUAUGUCCAGAGCGAGUAGAAUUCGAAAGGUUUUAUCAUGCCACAAUGCACUACAAGGAGCACCACAAAGAGCCAGCUUACAUUAAGUGUAAAGUUUGCGAUAAGCGUUGUUACACUCCCGGGAACUUCAUCAGUCACGUCGCAGUACAUACUGAUCCGGAUAAAUACAGGUGCAAUAUUUGCGGCAAGCAAAACGAUCAACAGGUAGCCCUUGCUAAGCACAUGCGAAUACACCGUCGAGAAAUGGAGGAAAAGCUGUUCAUCACAUGUAGACUAUGUCCUCGGCGAUUCGCAACCGAGAAGAAACGCGAUCGCCAUGAGAAGCAUCAUAAUCGCAAGCCAAUGGAGAAGCCGCCGCGAAUCGUAGGUAGGGAUGAGGACAUACUGGAGUUCUACAAGCGAAUUAGCUGCGAAAUUUGCGACCAGCAACGUAUGGUUGAUGUCCGCGUUCCAGAUGUGGAGUACGAAAACCUGCAAGAUUUGAAGAAACAUAUGCGGGAUGCUCACAACGACAAAGGAUACUUGAAAUGCCACAUAUGCGAAAAAAAGUGUAACAUCCGAUCGAUGUUGCUGAUACACAAAGAUUUCCAUGUAAAUCCGGAGAAAUACAGGUGCGAUAUAUGCGGUAACGUCUAUCAGAAUUUGCCGAAGCACAAGGAAGGGACACACGCAACACCCGGUGAGGCGUCAUUCUGCUGCGAACAUUGUGGCAAAGCUUUGACGAGCGAGAAAAGCUUGAAGUCUCACAUGGAGAGAAAGCAUGCCGUUAAAGACGUAACCUGUGAUAUCUGCAAUAAACCAUUCAGCAAAACCACUUUGGAGAGCCACAAGAGGGUAGUUCACGAAAGUGCGUCAUAUAUGUGUACGCAUUGCCCUCGAAUGUUCAAAAGUAAAUUUUCCCUCAACCGGCACCAGGAAGAACACGAGGACAAAGUGCGAGAACGAGUGAAAUGCCAGAUAUGUGGUGUUACAUUCAAGCACAAAUAUAUUUUGACGAAGCAUAUCGAUUCCGUGCAUACGACGGAGGCCCCGGUGGCUUGCGAUGUCUGUGGCAAAAAGUUCAAAUCCAAACAUCAUUUGUGGAGUCAUAAAUCGGAUACUUGCAACAAUCGUAGGUUCGAUUGUACUAUUUGUGGACGAGUUUUCAAGGUGAAAGUACGUCUAACGGAGCACAUGACCACCCAUACUGGAAAAAGUCUCUACCAGUGCACUUUCUGUCCCAUGACGUUCAGUUUCCAGUCCAUUCUCUACACGCACAGAAAGAAGGCCCACUAUGACCAGUGGCUAGAACUACAGGCUAAGCGCGAAGAAGGUAUCAAGUUUAAGGUUCAAGAAGCUCCGGCUUAAUGGUUUUUUAUAGAAGAAUCCUUGAAAAUCAUA